AUGAGCGACAAAACAUCGUCGAAGCAGUCAACGUUGAAAGUAGACGACGAUCGGAUGAUUGUUGUGGAAACUCAAAUGAGCGUGAGGGAGAGAAGAAAGAAAGUGAAGAAGUUCACUAAACUUAUCGCUAGCAGCGUCAAAGUGGAGGACGAAACAAGGUUGCAACUCGGGGAGUUGACAGCGAAAUGCAGCGAACAGGAGGCGGAUGCGAUUCUGGAGCCGAUGAGAAUUUUCAACAGAGAGUUGUUGGAAAAGUUCGAAGAAAUCGGAGGAGAUGAAUGGCCGCGAUCGGUGAUUCGAGUUAUGAGAGAAUUCAAGCUCGAAUCGGUGGAAGAGUUGAGAGAGGCGUGUGCGAAAGCAGCGGAAAGUGAGGAAGCGGAAUGGUCCGUGGGAAAAGUAAAUCUGGAAUUGCAGAAAGUGCAAUAUGAGAAGAACUUGUUGACGGAGUGCUGGAAUGAGGAAAAGGAGAUGCUCGGGGAGCAAAUCCGGAAAAUCCAGAGAAAAGGAGGUGGCUGA